GGCUGGCAGCAGUUUCCUGCCCGGAGCCCUGCCCUGCCCUGCGCUGGCUCCCCGCCCCGCAGCGAGGGGAGGGACCGGGACACACCGGGACAGCCGGGACACACCGGGACAACCGGGACACACCGGGACAGCCGGGACACCCGGGACAGCCGGAAUACACCGGGACAACCGGGACAACCGGGGAGGGAUCGCUGCACUCGCUUCCAGCCGCUCAGUCAGUUCCACGUUUGGACCUCCUGAGUGUUUUGGAUCUGUUUGUAAUAGCCUUUGCUGCUGUUGUCUUGCUUCACUCAUUACCCCAGAGAAAGAAAUAACUCUCAAGGUUAUCAAACAACUACAAGCAGAUCUACAACAAUGCAAGGACCUCAACCUGCCACAGCACCUGGAAUGCCCUAUGGCCCCCCUCAGCAGGUCCCUGGGGCUUACCAAGGUGCAGGGAACUAUGGAUUCCAGGCACAGCCCAUGGGAUUCCCAGGUGGAUUUGGUGUUCCACCUGUCCAGAACCAGCCCAACAUGAAUGGGGCAAUCUGGAUGCCUAUUCCUCCUUCUAUUCCCAACUGCCCUCCUGGACUGGAGUACCUCACACAGAUUGACCAGAUAUUAAUUCAACAGCAACUUGAGCUUCUUGAGAUUGUGACUGGCUUUGAAACGAGCAACAAAUACGAGCUGAGGAACGCAGUGGGGCAGAGGGUGUACUUUGCAGCAGAGGACACUGACUGCCUCAGCAGGAAUUUCUGUGGCUCCGCUCGGCCCUUCGCGCUGCGGGUCAUCGACAACCUGGGCCGGGAGGUGAUAGCGCUGCACAGGCCCCUGCGCUGCUCCUCCUGCUGCUGCCCCUGCUGCCUGCAGGAGCUGGAAGUCCAGGCACCUCCAGGAACAACAGUUGGUUAUGUUGUCCAGAACUGGCAUGCCUGCCUGCCAAAGUUUACCAUUCAAGAUGAGAAAAGAACAGAUAUUCUGAAAAUUAUUGGCCCAUGUAUUGUGUGCCGGUGUUGUCAGGAUGUUAAUUUUGAGGUGAAGUCUGUGGAUGAGACUUGUGCUGUUGGGAGGAUUUCUAAGAAGUGGACUGGUUUUGUGCAGGAAGCUUUUACAGAUACAGAUACCUUUGGAAUCUCAUUUCCAAUGGACCUUGAUGUGAAAAUGAAAGCUGUCAUGAUUGGUGCCUGCUUCCUUAUUGACUUCAUGUUUUUUGAGAAUAAUGGUAAUUAAGGAUCUGUGAGCAGGAGUUUGGGAGUGAAAUCUAAAUGUUCUCUAUGGAAGGAAGAAGAACAUGGAUCUCCCAACUUUCCAACGAAUUGCAGAGCUCCAGGAAGAAUAUGAGAAAUGUACAUGUUAUAGUUACAUUUCUAUAAUCUAAAAGCUUUAUGUUUUUUUUAAUUAUUUUUUUCUAAUCUGGUGAAAUAAUUUGUAGUAUUCAAAAAAGGACUCUUAAUCUCUACAGAUCAAUAAUAUGAUUUAGAGAAGUAUAUAUCAACCUUUUUUUCUUUUCAAAGAACUCUGUAAUUUUAAAGUAAUUAAUUAUAGUAGUUAUUUAUAACUACUAUAAUAAUGCUUUGAUUCCCAAAGAAGAAGAAUACUUCUAUAUUCAAUAAUAAUAAUAACCUAAGCCUAAUAAGGAGACACUGAUAUUUUCCUGGGUAUUCUUCGGUAGUUUUGCCUUGGUGUUCACAUUCUGUUGUCUCCAUCUUCCUAUCACACACAUCAAAUAUCUGCAUCUCCAGCAUCCCCACUUUGGGGGUGGGCAAGGCUGGGGGGGAAAGGUCCUGGGAGGGGACACAGCCAGGCCAGGUGGCACAAACAGGCCAAAGGAAUAUUCCAUGCCAAAUGACAUCAGCUCGAGUGUGAAAGACAAGAAAAGGAGGAGGAAGGCACUGCAUUCAUUUUUUACAGUGCUUGCCCUGCCAAGCAAUCACUUCCAUGCUGAAGCCCUAAUUCCCAGGAAGUGGCUGGGCAUUGGAAAGUACAAAAUAAAUUUUUUCUAUAUUUUUUUUUACUCUUGGUUUGUACACACACAAAUGUUUGCUUUUGUUUUAAUAAACUGCCUUAUCUUAA